AUGAUGCUCCUGGCCGCGGUCACGCUGCUGGCCUCGUUGGCGGCCGCCAACGAAAUCAAGGACUGCGGUCUGACACCCGGGGCCGUGUUCCAUGACGCCACAGUGUCGCCUGACCCAGUGAUCGUCCCGGGGUCGAUGACCCUGGCCUUCCAGGGCGACCUGCGCUCGGACUGGCCCGAUGACAUGAUCCUCAAGGUCGAAGUGAUCAAGGAGGAUCCGUACGAUAUCGAGGUGCCCUGCAUGAAAGGUCUCGGCAGCUGUGACGUGGACAUGUGCGACUACAUCACCAAGUUUCCGGACGUAUUCUGUCCGCUGUUCCCACCCGACAUACCGUGCGGCUGCGUGUUGAAGGCCGGACAUUACCAGUCUGACGGCUUUAAGAUCACUCUGCCAGACCUCGGGGAGGCCAUCGACAAGAUCAUCGCGGGAGGCUACCACGGCAACGUAACGCUGUUCUCCAAGUCGGCGCCCGCCACGCUACUCGGGUGCCUGUCCUUCAACUUCAACCUGAAGUACGAGCCUCCCACUGCAGACAACUAGGCUCGCGUCCGUUCCAGCCCAUAAAUCGAGCUUUGAGAGGCACCCAGACGGACGGCAAGAGAGUUGCCAACCGCUCCGCGGUUAUCAACGCACGUGCUUGCUGCGAAACCUGGCCAAGUCAGGUCGUUGCUCUCGUGCAGCUGAUAGGUUCACUUCCUUAGUGACAGGCAGACUUCGAACAUCACUUUCGUGUGAACAGCAGCCAUCCAAGGCCGUGACUGUGCGAGUCAAUCUGUAUGAAUAAAGCCUCACCUUGUUCUCAA